GCCCUUGGGUCGCUUCGCCCAGUCCUGCCCGCACCUGGGGCUGCUGCCGGACACAAGUCAUCAUGCCUGUGGGCGGGAGGAAUGAGCUCCGGAAAUUGGAGGAGGCUCCUCAGGACCCCAGGGAGGCCCAGCGCCUGGCGGAUGCGCAGCUGUAUGAGGCUUCGGGUUUCUCCUCCUUCUUCUCCUCUUGUUCCUCCCCCUUACCCUCCUCUUCCUCCUCCUCUUCCUCCUCUUACUUCGUCCUGUUCCCUAAUACCCCGGAGGAGGAGUCGGCUUCUGGAGGCUCGAGUCCUCCCCAGAGCCCUCAGAGGGCCUUUCCCGCCCCCAGUGCCAUGGCAGCCUCUCCCUGGAGCCUGUCUGAAGAUAGCUCCAGCUCCGCGAUGGAGGAGGGGUCUGGCACUGGGGGGGAGCCGGGGGUGGCCGAGCCCGUGCACCACGAUGCGCUCCACGUGAGGGCGGUCAGCCUGGUGGGGUUCCUGCUCCAAAAGUUUCGCUCCAAGGAGCCGACCAGCCAGGCGGAGAUGCUGGCGAUCGUCGGCGAGGAUGAGCAGGACGCCUUCCCCGGGAUCCUGGGCCAGGCGUCCGAGUGCAUGCGGCUGGUGUUCGGCGUGGAGGUGAAGGAAGUGGACCCCAGCGAGCACUCCUACGUCCUGGUCACCGUCCUGGGCCUCACCUGCGAUGCGAUGCUGAGCGGUGAGCAGGGCCCGCCCAAGACCGGCCUCCUGGUGGUGCUCCUGGGGGCGAUCCUCCUGGAGGGCGACCGUGCCCCCGAGGAGGUGGUGUGGGAAGCGCUGGGGGUCAUGGGGGUGUAUGCCGGCGAGGAGCACAUCAUCUACGGGGAGCCCCGGGAGCUCCUGACCAACGUCUGGGUGCAGGAAGGGUACCUGGAGUACCGGCAGGUGCCCGGCAGUGACCCUGCCCGCUACGAGUUCCUGUGGGGUCCCAGGGCCCACGCGGAAACCAGCAGGUUGCAAGUGCUGGAGUAUUUGCUGCGGGUCUAUCCCGGGCUGCCGGUUUCCUCCCUGGCCCCCUCUGAAGAGGCUGUGAGCGAGGAGGAAGAGGGGGCCUGAGCCCCAGGGGCGGCUGUGGUGCGGUCC